AUGGCCUGUAACGAGCUGUCGUGUUGGUGUUCCGCAGGGUCGCGGGGCGAGACUCCGUCGCCGGGGCUGGGGCCGGGGCCGGGGGCGGUGCCGGGGCCGGUGGCCGACGAGUGCGCGGCGGCGGCGGCGGCCAGCGUGGGGCCGGCCGGCGCGCGCCUCUGCCUGCCCGAGGCCGGCGUGGCGUUGACGGUGCCCGAGGGGGCGGUGGCGCGCGGCCAGCGCGAGCAGCUGUUCGUGGCGGUGCUGCGCGACGACGCCCACCGCCCCAAGCUGCCCGACGGCCACACGCAGCUCAGCCCCGUCGUGGCGUGCGGGCCCCGCUCGGCGGCCUUCAAGAAGCCCGUCAUCCUCAACUUCCACCACUGCGCCAGCCUCAAGCACGGCAGCUGGAGCGUCUCGGUGUGGAGCUGCGACUCGCACGGGGACGAGCCCUCCACGUGGCAGAAAGUGGUUACGCUUGGAGAGGAAACAAUCAACACUCCAGUUUUUACACAAUUGGACCACAGCCAAGUGUUUCUUGUGUCUGACCAGUUAGCUCGUUAUGUUAUUGUGGGAGAAUCGGCAAGUGCCACUAGUAAAGCUGUGAAAGCUCUUCGCCUUGCUGUGUUUGGACCCUCACCCCUCCUUCAUCCACAGCCUGUAGAGUACAGUGUCCGUGUGUACACUCUGGAAGACACACUUGCAGCUUUGGAGGGAGUGGUGCAAAUGGAAUCUCAGCUUGGAGGCUACCUCUUGGACAAGCCGAAGACCAUGUUGUUUCAGGAUGGUGGAGCAAGUCUCUGCUUAAGUAUGGAAGAUAUUGGCCCUGGUUGGCAGAGCAAACCACAGGCUGAUUAUCAAGAAAUUCCUUUCCAACACAUCUGGAGUUCAACUCAUAACCAUCUGCAUUGUUCUUUUACAUUAGAAAGAACAGACAGGCACAUACAUUCUGUUGCGUUCCGAAUACUUGCCAGUCAGAAAGGUAGUCAGACACACCGACAGAUGUUUCGAAUACAUGCUGAUUUGCGGGUUGCAAGUCCAAGCAGUACUUUGGUACCUAGUAGUCCUGCUGCCACACGUCCUGCUCGAGCCCUGACAGUUACAACAAGCAGUGGCUGCAGUUCUAUGGUUACCACUCUUGAUCCAAACUCCUCCCCUUUCAGAUUUCAUAGAACAUUGAGGAAACAACUUUGCCAGUGUCUGGAUCCCCCCAAUGCUCGAGGAAAUGAUUGGAGGAUGUUGGCUAAGCGGCUGAAUGUAGACAGGUAUAUAAAUUACUUCGCUACUAAAGCCAGCCCUACAGAUCACAUUCUUGAUCUAUGGGAAGCUCGCCAUCGUGAUCCUACAUCUGUCACAGACUUGCUGAAUAUACUGAGAGUGAUGGGCCGAAGUGAUGCUGCUUGUCUUCUAGAGAAAGAACUUGGACCAUGGUUAUAGGAAAAUCUUGUGUAGCUAGAAUGUUACACAUGGAGAAAUGAUGUGCCUUAAAAUAGAGUGGGUUAAGAGUUUGUCUGUUGAAAGGAUUCCUUUCCAGUGAUAGAAAACCUUAUUGAAUUAUUACAAAUGAUGCUUUAUUUAAACAUAUGUGACAUGUUGUGUAUUUAGAUAGUUCUUGACACACUUAAUUCAGAUUCACAGAGUGUUGAAUGCAAACAUUUUCUGGAAGCAUUUGCAAAGACAAUCAGGUGCUGCCGUAAUGCAAUCAUAACAUCUCAUCUGUGAACAUGAAGAUGACUUUUGUACAUAAGUGAUCAUGAAAUAUGAAGAAUUCUAUGGUGGGACUGCAGGACUAGCCACUUCAGAUGUGAACAAACCAUUUAAUUAAAUGGUUUUCUCUCCUUAGUGAAUCAAGACAUCUGUGACAAAACUGAUGACAAUAUACAUCAUCUUUUUUUCUAUUAUUACUUUUUUUUAAAUUUUAAUUUUGUUUAUUCUUUUAACCUUCUUCUUUUUCUUCAAAGUUAUUGGUUUUGUUAUGCAUGCCUUGCUAUAUCAAUACCUGCAACAUAGUCUGAAACAGAAAUUGAAAUUGUGUAAUAAAUGCUUUGUAUAUCAUCCAUCCAUUUCAAGUAGUUGUUUUUUUUUAUUUAAUGACAUCUCUAAUCUCAUAUCUGAAACAAUACUUAAAUUACCUUAAACAAAAUAGAUACUAGAAGGAUACAGAAUUGAUGAGAAGAAGUAAAGAAUAUUUUGUGAUCAAUUAUCAUUAAAACACUUUUUUUUUCAAGCAAUUUAAGUUGUUGCAUAAAAAACUGAAUAGUAAUAUUAAUUGAUAUCCAAAUUCUGUAACAAAAUCAGAUCUAUUUUGUUCAUGUUGGUUUCUGAUGGUGAAAAGGAGUCCAAUAUAAAGUUAUGUCCAAAGAAGGUGCUCUUCACUAACCGGUUCUGGAAAAAAUGUGUCCACUACUUAAGAGAUGUUUGUCCAAAAAUUCUUCUUUAGUACUUCUUUAGUUAUGGGUCAGUUUCUUUUAUCUACAAGCGGAUAUUGAUAUUUUGUUCAAGAUAAAAUUUAAGUUUUGAUUUAUGAUGUGGUAACCCAGUAUCAUAAAGGUAUAUUUUAAGGAAAGAAAAUAAGGUAGUAGUGGCACAGCUAACUGAUGACCUGUAGGUCAAAAACAUCCCUUCAUGAGCCAUAAAUCCUUUUGAGUUAGUGAAUCUAAUUUCACUUAGAUAAAAGUAUCUUUACUGUUACAAUUUAAUUUAUGUUAUGAAGCAAUUACAAAAAUGGAGAAAAUGACCAAAAAAUGUCUAUCUUGAACAAAAAUACUUUCAAGCAGUUUCCAAAUACAAAAUUACAUUUUUUGGUAUUUUUGAUUUCUGAAAACAACUUUCACUGACCAUACACACAUAAAUGAAUAAAACUUAAACUUCUAUUGUUUUAAAACACCUAGUUCACAAAUUAUAAUAAUAUUUAUUAAUUAUGUGAAAUUGUUAUUUAGCAAAUACCAUAUUGCACUUGUCAGCUAUUUGCCCCUUAACUACCUAAAACAUCCUUUGUGAUUUCAAACUCACUAGGAAGAAAUAUGUUUCAUUCAAAAGUAUCAGUUAAAAACUUAACCAAUAAGAUAAUAUGAAUGCAAAUAUGAUCUGUAGUUAAACAUAGAAAUGAAAAACACAUAAAGCUCCCAUUAGCUCUCGUUAGCCCUUAGAAGUUUUGCCACAAACAGUGCAACAAUUUUCAUCAGCUCUUGGCAGGGUAAGGGUUAAAUGAACUGUACCUUUUAUCCAUCAAGUAGCUUAUCACAGCACUCUGUUUUGCUUCCUGACUCCUCUCCUUCUAUGACCCUUUUGUUUCACCAAGAGCUUGAUCAUUCUGAUUAGCCAAGUGUGCUGUGCAAGUGUGUUUGCUUGUGUCCACCUCAGGACCCAAGGUGUCUCAAUGACUUCCAAAAGGCCUGUCUUUCAGAAAAUGAAGCUGUUCAUAAUACUUUAUGCAUCUGGGUCUGGCACCUGCAUGAAGUGCAAAAAGAUGCAAAUACCAGAUGAUACACUGUUGGAGACAUUUGCGAUAAAGUGUGAAGUAAAAGAUGUGAGUUAUUCAAAGACGAGAUAUGUGAUAGUUGUGCAUUAGAAAAUUAUCAAUAAAUAUAAAAUAAUAGUAGUAAGGAAAACUUUUUUUUAAAUUGUUUUUAUUAUUUUAUUUUUUCUCUGAAAUUUAUUUGGAUGGGCUCUACUUUGCAGCAUAAUAGGAAACUACUCCACUGGUUCCUAAUUGAUCUUCAUUUCUUUUCUCCAUAAUAAGAAACACACAAGAGUUAAUAGGAGAAAAUAGUGUGCUGCAAUCAUCUUGUGUUUACAUUACUCUCAACACACUCAAUGUUGUGCCCCUGGUGGUCUUAAAAAAUGUAAUAUUGAAAUAAAUAAUAGGCUUUGUGCCAAAUAAACUUCUUCAGGAGGACAAAAAAUUAAUUUUCAAAAGCAACUUGAAAGCUAAAAAUGUUGCAGACAAAGAAUCACUCUUUAUUACAUAGGUGUUCAUUAAAUUUUUAGUUUUCAGCCUUCAUGAAUGAUAAUGCUGUCAAGUAAUUAGUGUUUUCUUUUGAAUCAUUGCUUUUACACUUAUGUUAAGAAAUUUAUCCCUACAAAAUUUUUUCCAAAAGUAGAUAAUUUUUUUCACUCAAAUGUCUUGUGUAUCUGAAGUAUCUUUUAUCACCAACAACUUCUAAUCCAUCCUUACAGUUUUGAAUCAUUGUACAACAAUGAAUCAGAAUGGUACAAUUGUUACUCAACAUGUUUAAAAUUUUGUUUUCAGUCAUCUCUGAAGUGAAUACAUUGUAAAUAUUGGGAGCUAUCUCAUUGCUUCAUUCACAAAAACAUGUGAGGAUUAUUUUCAUAUUGUUUAUGUCUCAAGUAUGCAUCAACUGACUUGAAUAUUCUUGGCAAUUCUGUUUCACUGCUGUUUAAGUAAUGAAAUAUUUACUUUGAAAUGUGAUUUAAUACAUUAUUGAUAAUUGGCGAAGUAGUUUUAAUUCUUUUACUUUUCUUUGGAUGGAUGAUAAUAACUUUUUAUGUGACCACUGUGUUGUCUUUAAACCAUUUAACUACACUGAUCAAGAUAAACCUUACCAGAGUUAAAAUGCUGAUGUUGUUUUAAGUAGGUUUUGUAGUGUUAGUGACUGAAGUCACUCAUGAAGAAUGAAUUGUUAUAUCUUAGAAUGUUUUAAGACUGCCAAUGAUUUAAUGCUGGAAGUUCAAUUAAAUAUAUUUUAUCAAUAAGUAUAUCAAUCAGAGAAAAGAUUAUAAUUGCCUGUAAAUGAACAUUUUUAUUCUGUUACAACACUUAAGAGGUAUCUUUUACCAAUUUUGGUGCACUGAAUUUCAAAAUGCAUUUUGUGUUAAAAACAUUUAUUUUUUGGCAAAGUGGAAAACUUGUAUUUUUAAAUUAAAGAAUUGAUUUAAGUUAUUCAUAUUGGAGUACAAGUAUGUUAUAAACUUUAUGAAUGUUAAAUAUGUAUUGCCAAAAUUAUCUUUUUAGAUAUUUGUUUGAAGUUCUACUUAAAAAUUCUUAGGAGCAAUCAAAAAAUAAUGUUUUGGUUGUAAAUAUACUACAUUUAAAUUGUUGAGAUUACACAUUAAAAAUUUGUUAUCUUUAAAUGUGAGAAAAUUUCUGAAGAGCACUGGAAGAAUUUUCAAUGCAACAGUGCAAAAAAAGUCAUUGUGUAUAUAGUCCAAGGCCCUUGCUUUUUCAAUACAUUCCGAGGCUAAUGUCAAACGGAACUAACUACAGUAGCCAUGGACAUAACAGUACAUCCUGUGCCUAUUAACUUUAUAUUGGCAUUUGUGAGACAGGCAAAUUAGAUAUAUCAUGAUUAUUUUGGUUGCAUAGAGUAUUAAUAAUGUUGGCAACUGGUUUCAGAAUUGGAGGUUUUUAAAGGUUAUUUUGAGAUUUUAAUUAUUUUGUGAUUUGAUAUUCAUCAUUUGUUUUGUUGUGUGUUUGUGGUUUAUUCAUUCUCAAGAAUUGAAUAAUUACAAAAUUAUUGUAAUAAAUAUACACAAAAAAGAAAUUUUAGUUUUAAAAAGUAGUACAAUGAAAGGAGAGAAGUAUGUUCAAUGAAAAUUGUAAGGUUAAAAGGACAUAAAAAAUACCUCUGAUCAAAAUCAUUUCUCUGCAUCUGGUAUCAGACUAGUUUCAGAUGAAUCUUGCAUAUUCGCCUGUACCCACAAUGACACUGAAUAUAUUAACAAAGACUUGAAGAAUCUGCCACCUUGCUCUGCACAAAUUUAAAGAGAAGUAACAGGGAUUUUAUGAAAGCAGGCUUGUGAAGCAGUUUGAGAUUGUCCAAAAUAUUUCUUUGAGGCUGAGAACUUGUGAGUGUUUCAUGUUUGAACAUUAAACUUGAAAAAACAGACAUCAAAGAGCUCCUAAUAAUGCCAUAUUAAAUCUUGCCUUCCAUAAAACCUUUGUAAGACAUGACUUUCAUUCACUGAUGAAAUAAUUCAGUAUUACAUGCACGGAACACAGUGUCACUGUACUAUUUAUAAAAUAGAAAAUGUGCCAAAACUAGUUAUGAUUUUAAUAAAUGAACUAUGUAUUCAAAUUCAGUGCACCAAUUUCCAAUUAAUAAGCUUUUUUUGUGGGCAGAAUUGUUGUUGCUAAUGUUAUUGACAAAAUGCCUGAUGUAGAUAUUAUUAAAAUUAUUAUUACAAAUAUGCCAUUACAGUUAUGUUUCAAUUGCCUCUUAUGUAUGCAUAAAAAAGAAAUAGCUGUGUGGGUAAAAGCUAAUAUGAAAAUUAACAUUUUCAGUAUAUUCUAGCUGUGCUGAGUGCCACCAUUUUGAAGUGAUAAUGAAGCAGUUCUGUCUAUUUCAUGUUGGGGUCCAAUGAGAACAAUUACUAAAAGCCUUGAAAGCUCACAUUCGUAAUUGUGACCUGAUCUGCUAGACAUGUGGGUUAGUUGUUUAACCACAUUUGUCAGUAUGAUUAUGUUUUAGAGAUGAGAACCAGAAGGUCCUAGCUGAUUACAAAAACAUUUUUUGGAAUGAAAAUAUUUUUUUUCCUUUUCUAACAUAAUAAUGAAUGUUAUUGUUAUAAUUACAAUGAGUGCUGAAUGUGAAUUAUUCAAAAUCAGUUUUGAUGUGUAAGGGAAGAUAUGUCGCAGAAUCUGAAUAUUAGGAGGAUAACUUGGCAUGAAAUGAUGAGGUUUUAUGUCUGCAGUUUUUUGUGAUAGAGGGGAAAUUAAUUUCUAUGUUUUCUUUGAUUUCGAAAAAAUGGAGAGCAUUUUUAAAUAUCACAAUAAUUGUUUUUUCUUCUUGUGCUUUGAAGCAGAAUAUUCUGUGCCUGUUUUGUGAAUCAAAACAAGAACUUCAAUGUGGAAUGGGAAUUGUCUGUAAUAAAGUGAAUCAUGGCAAUUCCUUUUUCGUAAAGAGUAAAAUGCAUUAAAUUGUGCCUGAUAUGUCCUGCAUUGGCUUGAAAAGGUAUAAAAAUGUGAAACUAACUUUUUCUAUUUUUUGCCCUGGAAAAUGCUGCUACUAAUGCCAGUAACUUUUUAGAAGUAGAUAAUUAUAGUUGUUGCCAUUUCUUCCUAUUUAAUUCUUUUUAAACAUUACAUUUUAAUCACUAUGUUAUUUUAAUUAUGAAAUGGCUGUGAUAUUGAUGUUUAUAGAAGAUGUUUGAUGAAAGUUCAUUGCUGAGAGUUCCUAAAUAAUUUUAAGUUGUUGCUCCCUACAGUGAGAGAAUUAAUUAUUAAAUUUGUAAAUAUAUUGGUAAUUAGUGAAUACUUUAGAUUCUCUGAAAAAAUUUUAAAUGCAUAUUGAUUGAACAGUCUGCGAAAGAAAAUUAUAGAUUUUAUGUUCACGAAUCAUAAAAAGUUAGACUAGCCUUGACCUAGGCCAUUCCUAUGGGCUAAAAGGAAAGAAAAAUGGAAUUGUAUUUCUCCUACUUUUCUGAGCCUUUCAAAGGAAAUAAUCCUGAAAGGAAAGUACUAGAGUAAAUACACAAAGUCAUGAAAUUCUCAGUGAGAAAAAGUUAUAAGCAAUUAUCACCACUGGGCAUCUCACUUCUAUUUCUCCUAUCAAUUACAUUUCAAAAAUUGUUGCAAAAGAAGAUAUUUAUUCUUAAUUCUUGAAGCACUGGACAAGGCAUCACAAUGAAGACAUUUUAAUUUACAUUUACUUGGGCAAACAAGAAGUUAUGUAAAUACAUACUACACUAUUCAUGUAGAUAAUACAUUUAUACAAGUAAAUUCUUAUAAGUGAAUACACAAUACCAUCAUUUGUGUAGAUUCUAUUACAUUUUUCUGGCACAAUUUUGGUUGUUACUGUUGUUGGGUGUUUGUAAAUUAGAAACAAUGGUGCUUAGAGAAGGAGAAUUCCAAUAUGUACAAGCAUAAGUUUUUUUUCUUUUUUCACAAAAAAUAGUCUGACAAGUCAGAUCCUUCUCACAUAUUCAUAAGAAUUCCUUAGAUAUAUUAUGUUCAGAAUUUUCCCUGUAGUAUUUCACAUUUGCAGUAUUAACAUAGGCAUUACACAACAUUUUGUUUUUGCCAUUAACAAUACAUGGCGAAAGUUUCUAGCACAGGAGAGGUCUAGUGAUAAUUUAUUUCAUGAAAUCCCUAUCCAUUCAUAGGGAGCUGCGGUGAUAUACACCUUUUGUCAGAAGUACAUACAUCCCUUCUUUGUACUUUAUAAAUAACAGAAAUUAACUAUGACUUGUUCUUUUCUUUUUUUCCUUCCUGAAAUUAAGAUAAGAAAUGUAGUUAUCAAGUGAAACACUUGAUGGCAACUUUUAGCUUCACUUGCAUUUAAAUAUUGUUAAAUGCCCACAUCUACAUAGAACCAAAUUAAUAAAUCACAAAGGACGUUCUCAUUGAAUUAAAUGUUAACAGCAAAAAAGACUAAUUAUGAAAAGGAAGUAAAAUAGAGCCCUCUGGUUCUUUUCUCAAGUGUACAAAGAAGCUUUAUUGAUCCACUUUGUACAAUGAUUUAUAUUUGUAAUCAGUAAAAUUGUGUGGUAGCAAACGUUGACUGCAUAAUAGUGUAGAUAUGACUCCAGUCUCAAAUAAUAUAUACAGUUAAAUGCAGAAUUUCAGGUCAGUUUCAGAUGAGGUUCAUGUAUGCUUUACACCUGUACAGAGCCUCUUUAGAGCAGUGAAAAGUACUUUAGCAAAACAUAUACUAUAUAUAUUGUGUUAAACAUUGUAUAUAUUUUCCUAUAAUGUAUAUUGUUAGAACAGAAUUGUGGCAAAACAUAGAAUAUCACAGGUAUUGCUGUGCUGUAUUGUUAAUACAGGCAAUUGUAUAGCGCAUUAGCCUUAAUAAACAGUCCGAAAAGGUCAACUUAUAGUUGCUUUACGUCACUUGUUAGAUACGUUGCACAUAAUUUAGAAGCAAAAAUUGACUAUCUUGUUUUCUUUUUGUAUAGCAACAUUAUUUAGAGCAUAAAUAAGUGUUGUUUUAUACUUGUAACAAAGUCAAUUAAAGACAAAAAUUUAAAGUAUAUUAAUAAUAGGUCAAUCCUGAAGCAGAAGUUUGUACAGUAUUUCUAUGAAAGUAAUUUCACCCAAAUGUGUGUUUGUUAGAGGAUGAAUGUGCGCAUGUGUUCUUGUGGUCUUAUGUACUAAAAUGUAAAGUGUUUGUUAGGCAAUGUGUGUAGUAUAGGAAUGUAUUAUCAAUUCAAGGAAAAUACAUAAAUUGCAGUAAAAA